AUGAAGAUUCCGCAGAAGAUUCAGGCGGCAUUAGAUGAGGGAAGGAAGGUGUUCUCGUUCGAGUACUUCCCUCCCAAGACCGCUGAUGGCGUGGAGAAUCUGUUUGAUCGCAUGGAUCGCAUGGUCGCGUACCAGCCUGCGUUCUGCGACAUCACGUGGGGAGCUGGCGGAUCGACGGCGGAUCUCACCCUAGAGAUCGCCACUCGCAUGCAGAACAAUAUCUGCGUGGAGACGUCGAUGCAUCUGACGUGCACCAACAUGCCGGUGGAGCGCAUCGACCACGCGCUGGAGCACAUCAAGGCCGCCGGCCUGCAGAACGUGCUUGCGCUGCGCGGCGACCCCCCGCACGGCCAGGACAAGUUCGUUGCCGCCGAAGGCGGCUUCUCGUGCGCGCUCGACCUGGUGAAGCACAUUCGCGCCAAGUACGGCGAUUAUUUCGGGAUCACGGUCGCAGGAUAUCCAGAGGCCCAUCCGGACGCCAUCAGCGGCCCUGACGGUGCGACGCCAGAGGAGUACCAGAAGGACCUCGAGUACCUCAAGGCCAAGAUGGACGCGGGCGCGGAUCUGAUAGUGACGCAGCUGUUCUACGAUGUGGACAUCUUCCUCAAGUUCGUGGCGGACUGCCGGGCCAUGGGAGUGAGCGAGCCCAUCAUCCCGGGCAUCAUGCCCAUCACCACGUACGGCGGCUUCAAGCGCAUGACCGCCUUCUGCAAGACCAAGGUCCCCCAGAGCAUUCUGGACGCGUUGGAGCCGAUAAAGGAUAACGAGGAGGCUGUUAGGGCGUACGGCAUCCAACAAGGCACGGAGAUGUGCCGGCGCAUCCUGGAUGCGGGCAUCCACACCCUCCACAUGUACACGCUCAACCAGGACAAAACCACCAUCGCCAUCCUCAAAAACCUGGGGCUGAUAGAGGCGUCCAACAUCCCUCGCUCCCUGCCCUGGCGGCCAGCCACCAACAUCGUCCGAUGCACCGAGGACGUGCGCCCCAUCUACUGGUCCCUGCGCCCCAAGAGCUACCUGGCGCGCACAGCAGCGUGGACCAAGUUCCCCUCUGGCCGCCUGGGGCCUGCAGAGGCGCUGUCGUACAGCGACCUGCCCGCCAAGCACAGGGCGUUCCUCAAGAGGAAGUCACGGGCUACUGCGCUCGCCAGGGACUGGGCUGUGCCGGUUGCGUCCACUGAAGAUGUCAAGCAGCUCUUUGCUCGGUUUGUGAGUGGCGAGGUGAGCAGCUUCCCCUGGAGCGAGGCGGUGGAGGCGGCUCUCUCUGCGGACUCGGCCCCCAUCAGUGCUCAGCUGCAGGAGCUGAACGCGGCUGGGCUGCUCACCAUCAACAGCCAGUUCGCUGUGAAUGGAGCCAAGUCCGACGACCCUGUGCUGGGCUGGGGAGGCCCCGGGGGGUACAUCUACCAGAAGGCGUAUGUGGAGUGCUUUGCCCCACACGACAAGGUCACCACGCUCCUCGAGAAGGCCAAGGCCACGCCCUCCAUCUCCCUCAUGGCCGUCAACUCGCAAGGCCACGUGCUCGCCACCGGCCCCGGCACGCCUGCGUCCACCACGCCGUUCUCUGCGAAUGCGGUCACGUGGGGGGUGUUCCCGGGGAGGGAGGUGGUGCAGCCGACGGUGGCGGAUUUCAUGUCGUUCCUGGCGUGGAAGGAAGAGGCGUUUGGCGCGUGGGUGGAGGAUUGGGCGGGGCUUUACAAGGAGGAGGACGAGGAGGGCACACCGGUUGCAAAGAAGCUGCUGCAAGAGAUCCAUGACACAUAUUACCUUGUGAGCGUCGUUGACAACGACUAUGUCAACGGAGUGGAUGUGGACGUUUUUUCAGAGUCCCCUCUCCACGAAUAUCGAGGUGGUGAGAGCCGCUCGGCGCGCUUUGAAGGAUUAAGCAGGAGCGGCAUCACCUGCAAUGGGAGCGCUAGUAACAGCGGCAUCUCCGGGGGCAUUUGCGGCGGAAUUUCCGGCCGGAUUUUCGGAGGUCAUGCGACGGGCGAGAGGCGGAUAAACACGCGCGCGCACGCGCCGCCGCCGGUUUCCACGGGCGAGCAGUGGACGACGGCGCACGCGUUCACGGCUGCUGAGGUGGCAGCGUUCGCGCACAUGACAGGCGACCUUAACCCCAUCCACCUCGACGCGCGCGCGGCGGAGGCGGCGGGAUUCGCGGACACCCCACCUCCCCGCCCGUCCCUUCUUUGCGGACUUCCCCUCACACCUGGCGGCCUAGGUGGCAUCUACGUGUCUCAGACGCUGCGCUUCCUGGCGCUUCAUAGCUUCAUAGCUUCCUGGCGCUUCAUAGCGACGGCAUCCCAUAGCUAUGCAACCCUAACCAACCCCCUCCGCCCACCCGUUUCCCCUUCCGUCCCUCUCUGCCCGGUGCCAUCUACGUGUCUCAGACGCUGCGCUUCCCACCCGCCUCCAACACCCCGCCCGUCCUUCCCCCACCCCACCCUCCCCCACUACACGUGCCAGCCAGGUGCCAUCUACGUGUCGCAGACGCUGCGCUUCCUAGCGCUAGUGCACGUGGGCGAACAGGCGAGAUUUGAGGCGCCUCAAAAGGCGCCCUCAAAACCAGGUGCCAUCUACGUGUCGCAGACGCUGCGCUUCCUGGCGCCCGUGCACGUGGGCGAGCAGGUGACAGCGACAGUGGAGGCGAUAUCAGUGGUGGCGCAUCGACACAGAUUCAGGGAGGGAUGGUUGCAUCUGUGCUGCCCCGUGCAUGUGGGCGAGCAGGUGACGGCGACAGUGAAAGAAUUGGUGGCACACCGACACAGAUUCAGUCCCGUGCAUGUGGGCGAGCAGGUGACGGCCACAGUGGAGGUGAUUUCAGUGGUGGCACACCGGCACAGAUUCAGCGAGCAGGUGACAGCCACAGUGGAAGCGAUUUCAGUGGUGGCGCACCGACACAGAUUCAGGGGGGUGAUGGCCGCAGUGAAGGCCAUCUCAGAGGUGGCAUACUGUCACCGGUUCAG